UUGUAAAUCCUUGUGCAGAUCGGUUCGCGGUCUCCUUCGCGGUCCAUAACAUAUAAGCAAACGGACGGACGGACGCUCCCAAGUAGGGAGCGGGUUUAUUCGCACCGGGCAUUCCCAUCCCUGCUCCUCAUCGGCCGGAGGGGUAUAUAUAGAGUGGGGGGUUACCCCCUCUGGACCCGUUGUGUACGCACCCUUAUCCCGGUGUAUUGGGACCGGGAGAUAGGGAUCUCUCACUCCUUCUCGGAGCGAGAACCAGGCUGGAGAACGGCGAAUACACGCAGCAGCGGAGCAAAAAACCACACCACAAGAGGCCGGAGGGCCUUUUCUCAUUGAGUCAGUCAGUCAGUCAGUCAGUUAGUUCGCCACAGCCAGCGAGGCGGGUUGCACGUCAAGCCAACCAUCUCUCUCUCGUGUGAAAUACACACACACAUAAGCGCGCGUACGCGCGUGCUUCUAAAUUAAAAAUCCGUAGUACGAUUAGUCGCGAACUCAUCGAAAAAUUUUUCGCGUAAACUACCGACCUCGAACCAAUCUGACAAAUACACACUCAUCUACCUUACCGACUGAGCCCUUGAGGUUUAUUUAUUUAUUAUCUUUUUUUAUUUUUUUGUUUUCAAAGUCCACCGGUACGUCGCGCGCCUCGUUAACGAGAGCCCUCCUCAUCCCCCCCUUUCUUUCUCCCCCACCCCACCCCUUCUCACCCAUCUGCUUAACCGGCCAUUAAAUCUCGAAUUUCACGGCGCGAAUCGAAACGAGGGCCACGCAAAGGGUAACCGACACCUGCCCGGGUGUAUUCGUAAUAUGCGGUGGGCUGUGACGGCCCUGGCCUCGACGGCGAUCUUUUUGCUCCUCGCGGCCGAUUCAACCAGGGCGAGGCACCGUCGCACGGGAAACGAUCACAAGCCCUCCGGUGACAUCUCACUUUGGAUCGAUCGCCAACAAAUUAAAAUGUUCUCCGGUUUAGAAAUGGAAAUUUACGCAAUAUCGGAAGGAAUUGUGUUGUCGUAUCUUUUGGAACCGGAAUUCGAAAGUAAAUUGCCCGUUAUUCCAAAUGAAGUGAAUUAUGUCAAUUUCACGUGGAAAUCGGGAAUGAAGAAAUAUUUUUAUAAUUUUUUUAAAUUAACGUCUGAUAAUGAAAUGAUAUUAAAGACGCCGUCAAUUACAAUAAAAACAACUGGCCGAGUGCCGAAAAAACCAAAAGAAUUCAGCGUAAUGUUACCUUGUUCCGGCAAUGCAUCGGGAAUAGCACAAUUUGGAAUUGGUCUGAUGAUAGAGACACGCAAGAGGAAAGCCCUGAACGAACAAUAUCCAGGGCCCUGUCCGGAUGGUUAUCUAGGUCCUCCACAUUGUAAAAAAGCUCUUUGUUAUCCAAAUUGCAUGAACGGUGGAAAUUGCACGGCACCAGGAGUUUGUUCCUGUCCACCAGGAUUUCAGGGUCCUUAUUGUGAAGGCGGAAUUUGUUCCGAUAAAUGCCUAAACGGAGGUAAAUGCGUUCAAAAAGAUAAUUGUGAAUGUCCCAAAGGAUAUUAUGGACUUCAUUGUGAAUUUUCCAAAUGUGUAAUUCCCUGUCUAAAUGGAGGAAAAUGUAAAGGCAACAAUUUGUGUCGAUGUCCCGCAGGUUUUAAAGGUGAUCAUUGUGAAAUUGGAAGACGUUCACCUCAACGUUCCGCUUGUACGAGAGCUUGCAGAAAUGGAACGUGUCAACCUGACAACACCUGCUUAUGUGAGCCAGGCUGGUUUGGCAAAUUAUGCAACAAGAAUAAACCUUGGGCUUGAAGAAAAAAAAAAAAAAAAAAAAAAAAAAAACUGAAAACAAAAAAGAAAAGAAACGCUUUGAAUUUAUGGACAAUGCUUUCGACCGACUGGACAGUUUCUGUGAAAUUACAGAAUCUUGUCUGAAGAAAAAAAAGAAAAAAAAAAGAAAUGAAACAAAGAGAUAAUAUCUAAAUCAAGUUAGAGAAUAAUCCUAUAUGAAAUAUAUGGGAUCUUAUUUAAUUUAAAAAAAAGAGAAAAUCAGAUUUUCUUAAAAAAAAUUUUUUUUUACUGUUUUGGCUGUUUAAUAAGAAUUCCCAAAAAAAAUUCGCAAAAAAAAAUUAGU